UCAGAAGCGGGAAACCCACUUGGUACUGGUGUCGCGAUUCUAAAGCCCGGAGUCGAAGAAAAUUUAAAUGAAGUGACGAAAGGUAAACCCUAACGCUAAACUCCUCGGUGGUCUCGGGACCUCCGCUUCUCUUCUCUCUCAUGGAUGUCGACCCAAAUUUCUCCUUGCUUCUUCGAAAUCUCAAGAUGGAUGAUCCGUGGAUCCUUCCGAAGACGUGGGAGUCGAUACCCUCCGAGAGCGGAGCUGCUAGAUCUGGCGAUGCCGGUCGCGGACCUCAAGAUCCGAUCUACGAUUCUUCUUCCGUUUCCGAUGCUGUCUUGGUGCGGUUGGUUAUAAAUGCUCUACAAGGUGUGAAGUCAGCUCUUGCUGAAAUUGAGAAGCUCUCAGCAGCAUUUUGUUCGAGCCCAGCAGAUAGAACUAUUCAUCGGGUUCCUAGUUUGUGGUGUCGAUCAUUGAGCACUAAUGCUUUGGGAAAGAUUCUUAAAUCUAUAUAUCAUUCAGGUCUUCUGGUUUUUUUCCUCCAGAAGUUCAUAAACUUUUAUCUUGGCGAGAGUCAAGCUAUAAUGACAGAAAAUAGAGACAAAGAUGAGGAAGUUGAAGAUCUAAACAAUCUCAAGUUUGCAGAAAAUCUUCUAAGACCACUGUCCAAGGAAGUUCACCAUAAAAAUGAAUUGGGUAUGCACCCUCCUUACAGUCUGGUUAAUCAGGCAUUUUCAGUAGCAGUCAAGAAAGUUUUGGAAGGAUACUUUUGUGCCUUUGGUACUUUAUUGGCAUCAAUGAAAUUAAGGCGUGCAAUUAAAAGUCCUGAUGCCUGUGCAAAAUUUUCUGAUGGAGCUGUCAAUCUCAUGCUUGCUGUUCAUUCCGAAAUCACUGUUCUGGAGGUUUACUUGCACACCAAGGAACUAAGAACACACAUUGAGUCUCUUGGAAAUAUCUGCUUCCCCAAGUUUGCAGAUCUUGGCCUGUCUGGAAAGGAUUUAACAGUCGAUGCUAAGUUAGAGUUUCAUAACUUCCCAAGAGGUGCAGAUCUACUUACAUAUUUGUAUGUUCAGCUCCGAGAUGCUGAUCCAGUUCAUCAUCCACUUCUUAACUUUCUCUUUGUUCACUCAUUCGAACCAUACUAUGGCUUCAUUAAAUCAUGGAUUUAUCGAGCUACCAUUGAUGAUCCUUAUGAAGAGUUUUUUGUAGAUUAUUUACCAACUUCAAAUGGUCCAGUUGGCUCUCCUAGUGACCUCUCUUUAAUAUUCAUCAAGGAGCGAGAUUGUGUAUCAAUGCCUUGUUUUCUGAAAGAUGUUUGUCGUCCCCUUCUCCGAGCUGGACAACAGCUUCAAGUUCUUGUGAAACUUCUUAAUUUAUGCAGUGUUUCUGUCACUCGGGAAGGAGCUCAUAUGCAUUGCGAUAUUACAAAUAUUGUGGAAAUGCUUCCGUAUUGGUCUGGCACAUCAAGUGACUCAACAUUUGUCUUGAACUCCCUAGCUUUUACCAAAAUCAGAGUAGAAGACUUAAUGCAUAAGAGGGACACUCUUUACAAAAUGAUGCUGGAAAGGCUUCAAAGUUUUUUCUCAAAUUUUAAUGUUAGAAAUCGACAGAUCAAUCGCAAUGUAAUUCCUUUUGCUAGCACACCUAGCUUGCUUGGUAAAAGAAGAGAUGUAAAUGACCUGAGUUUUUUGGCUUCUGAUGAGGACUUUAUUUUCUCUGGCAUUGCUGAUGAAGAAGAAGCUGCCAAAAUGCCAGCAGUUCGAAGAGAGGAGGAUGCUUCUUAUGCAUCUGAGGAUUCUUCAUAUGAGUUGGAACCAUUAAAAUCUUUAGAAUGUUCUUCUUCAUAUAGUUCUGUAGAGGAAAAUGAACCUGAGGUGUUUUUUAGGUUACAUGAUAAUGUAUCACAGCCAGAAAAAUUUCUGCUUUCAAAUCUAUCCACAUGUUAUACCACUGAAAAUAUACUAGAGAACUCUCUUGAAACUGAAAGGUCAUGUUCUCAGAUUUUGUGUCAAAAUAAUCAUAGUAGAAUGGUUCCUUUCUUUCCUCUAUCCAACCAGGCUUAUGAGGACGAGAAGUUGAUUCAGAUUCCUGUUCCCAUUCAAUCAGGGAACGUACAAAGUGCUAAACUGUCAGAUUCUGUACAUGAAGGUUAUCAUUCUGGUAGAUGCUGGCCAUUAGGAGGACUUCCGAAAAAUCCAUUUUACAACUAUAGGAACUAUAUGGGUCCAAAAGAACCACACUGCUCUGAGAAUAGCCUACGGAUGACAGAUGGGAACACAGAAACCCCAGAAAGGGAAGAAUCAAUUUUCAGUGAAGUGUUCAUUCCAUUCAACUUGAGGUCAGAUACAGAUAAUAAGGUAAAAUUUAUGAAUAGCAGAGAUGGACAUCUUUCUUUGCAUAUUCACAAAUUAUGGAAUUCCGAGGACUAUCAUGAUCUCAGCACUAACCCCAUGGUGACAAAAUCUGCUUGGUUUCGGAAAGCUCACAACUUGAGAAAUGGAGUACUCACAAAAAAUGAGGGAUCCUAUCUCCCAUACUUUGACUUCUCAUCUGUGCUACUUCCUUGUAAGGCUUCUUCUGGGAGCGUGUUUUCCGGUUCUGGACAUGGUUUUCAAGUCGAGCCUCCAGUUGUGAGCUCUGGUGUUUCUGCUGUACAAGUGAAUGGAAUUUCUGAAGGCCAUAUGCAAGAUAGUGUGGCAAAUCUAUCAGUUUCAAGUCCUGUUUGUUCAUUAUCAGAGGAAAACCAUGUAUCAGGGAUUCUUCCACAAAGUGCUUUUGGUGGUGCAGCGUGGGUGCAAUCGUUACAGUAUUCUGGUGAAGACACCAUGCUCAGUUCUAGAGAGACAUUGGAUGGUUCUGCAAUAUUUGAGAUGCCACUUUUUGUCGCUAUUGACAAAUGCAUACUACAAGAAAUCUUGCUUCAGUAUAAAUAUGUCAGCAACUUCACUAUUAAGUUUCUUGAUGAAGGAUUUGAUCUGCACGAACAUUUAUUGGCAUUGCGGCGUUACCAUUUUAUGGAACUAGCAGACUGGGCGGAUUCAUUCCUUAAGUCUCUUUGCAAUCAAAAAUGGUCUGUUGUUGAGCCAGAGCAGAAACUAGCAGAAAUCCAAGGGCUCCUUGAGUUGGCUUUGCAGAGAUCUUCAUGUGAGACUGACCAAUACAAGGAAAGAUUAUUUGUCUACAUAAAGGGACAGAAUACAAUGCCUCUGUCAACUUCCAUAACUGGCAUCCAUGUGUUUGAUUUUAUGUUGUUGGGCUACAGAGUUGACUGGCCUGUCAGUAUCAUUGUGACACAAGAUGCAUUAAAAAUAUACGCUGAGAUAUUUGGUUAUCUUGUUCAAGUCAGACUUGCUGUUUUUUCUUUAGCUGAUGUAUGGUACUGUUUAAAGGCCUUGAUGCCUUCAAUUUAUCGCAGUCGACAUAAGAAUUCUCAUGUAAUGAUGGACUUCAACAUCUUAAUGAAAAUGAGGCAACAAAUAAAUCACUUUGUUUCUACACUCCAACAAUAUGUUCACUCCCAAUUAUCAGAUGUGUCAUGGUGCCGGUUUCAACAUUCCCUCAAGCGUCAGGUCAAAGACAUACUGGACUUAGAAUCAGUGCACAUGUCAUAUCUUGCUGAUGCGUUGCACAUAUGUUUUUUGUCUGUUGAGACAAAACCAGUAGCUCUUAUCAUCAAAAACAUUUUACAAUGUGCAUUGGACUUUCGGCACUGUUUCACUGGAGGUGAUUUGGAUGAUCCGGCCAAUGGUGCAGAUUCAUUGAACUUGCGAUCUCAGAUGAACUUUUCUCAGGUCUUUGCUAUCAAAACUACAUUUGAGAAAAACAUUAGGGAUCUGUACCUCCUAUAUCUCAAGUCUCCAAAAUAUGGUGAAUUUAAUUUUUGCCGUUUUUGGGGCUAUCUCAACUACAAUGAUUAUUAUUCCAAUACCUUCAAUAAAGAAAUGGGCUACUUUUAUAUGAGUUGAUAUCCAGAAAUGCAGAUUGUGACAGUUGCUGUUGAAUUGCUUACACUAGUGAUAUCAGGAGAUUUCUUACACAGCGAGGAAGCAGACAUGCAGACUGAGGUCUCAAUAUACAUGUGAUAUCGAGUUCAUGGAUUAUAGAAACCCAUCCUCACAAUUUGUAUAAUAAUUAAUGAGUUUCUUCGAGAUGGUCUUCUAGUAAACUUAACAAUUUUAGCUUGAGAUUCAAAAAGAACAUGCAUAUUUUGUUGGAUAAGUUCUUGGAAUGCUGCUUGGAUUCUGCCCUUGUUACAUUGGAGAAAUGGUGCUUGUGACUUGGAAAGCGCGGUUUCUGGUUUUAUUACAUGACAUUGCCGGCUUGCGUCAAUAUAUUAACCUAUGAUUGAUUCUAGUACACUGAUGUAGUAGUUCAAGCAGACGGUCACUCACUAAGGAAAUCAGUCAGAGUUACCGUCCAGGAUCCUGUGGUGCACAGCUAAAGCAACUAUGUAUGUAUGCUGCCUUGUCUUUAGUGGACUGAAUGUUUGAUAAAAUUGAAGGACAAGGUUUAAACAUGAGUUUUGUUUCGGCCUUUUUUUUGUGUAAAAUUUUUAUUGAGUGCUUUAUGUAAUACUUUUGUAAUUUAUAAUACAUAUUUGGUUUUUUUUUUAUCAAAA